AUGGAUUCUGUAACGAAGAAAACGAGGCAAGAAGGAUCAGAAGUUACUGAAAGACUUAUUACAGAGACCGUAACCACAAGACUGACGUCCUUACCACCCAAAGGAGGGAGCAGCAGUGGUCUCAAAACAUCAUCUCACACUGGAGGGAGCGGAGUGGAAAAGAGGUCUUACACCCAUGGCAGCAGCUAUGUGACUUCAAGUGGAAGUGGUAGAUUGAAUUCAUCAUCAUCAUCUUCUGGCUACAGACAAACCCAGUCUCCCAGCUCUACUCUCACCAAAUCACCUGGCUCAACGUUUGAAAGAAAAACCUAUGUCAGCCGCCAUGCAACAUAUGAAGGGAGCUCCAGUGCCAACUCUUCUCCUGAGUUUCCCAGAAAGGAGUUUGCAUCUGCCUCCACGAGAGGGAGAAGCCAAAGUCGAGAGAGUGAAAUACGAGUCCGACUGCAGAGCGCAUCUCCCUCUGGCAGAUGGACAGAGUUGGAUGAUGUGAAACGUUUACUGAAAGGAAGUCGAUCAGCCAGCUGCAGCCCUACUCGAUCACCAUCAAGUACGCUUCCGAUACCGAAAAAGGCUGUGGUGGAGACAAAGAUGGUUACUGAGAGCUCUCAGUCAGUGUCGGGAACAUAUGAUACCACCAUCUUGAAUACUGCCCUCCCUUCGUACAUGUGGUCCUCCACUCUGCCUGCUGGGUCUUCUCUUGGUGGAUACCAUAACAGCUCUUCCUUGGUCAAUGCUAUGUCUCACUCUACAGGAUCAGUGUUUGGUGUUCCAAAUAACUUGGCUCCCAGCAAUCAUACUCUGAAUGCAGGCCUGAGCACUUCCUCUACAGUAUUUGGAGUUCAAAACAACCUGUCUCCAAGCUCUUCAACCCUGACCCAGAAUGCUACUGCAGCCUCAGCAGCAUAUGGAGUGAAGAACACUUCUCAGAGCAACACCAUGGCAAGUAGUGGUGUGUCUGCCUCAGCAGGAGGAACUGUUCUGAGCUCCCAGGGAGAUGACAUUCUGCGCAAAGACUGCAAGUUCGUGCUGCUGGAGAAGGAGAAUGCCCCAGCAAAGAAGGAGAUGGAGCUUUUGAUCAUGACAAAGGACAGUGGCAAAGUCUUUAGUGCCUCUAGCGCUGGGCUUAAUGGAGGAUCCUUUGUAGAAGACACCUUGAAGAAAGAGAAGCAGGGAUUUUCCUCUUCUUACGCUACAGAUACUGGCCUAAAAUCAGAUGCAAAUGGAGGACUGAAAUCCGUGCCAACAAGGGACAAAGCAACUUAUGCAGAAAUACGAAAUGGUGAUGUGGGGGGUGCAAUUGGAUCAGCACCAUCCUGGUGUCCUUGUGGUUCCUGCUGUAGCUGGUGGAAAUGGCUCCUGGGUUUGCUGCUGGCCUGGCUGCUUCUCCUUGGAUUGCUUUUUGGACUCAUUGCUCUGGCGGAAGAAGUGAGAAAGCUGAAAUCUCGUGUGGAGAACCUGGAAAAAAUCAAUGGUGGCCUUCUGACAAUUAACCAAAGGGAUUCAAAAAUAGAGAAGGAUGUUUCAAGAGUAGACUUUCUUCAUGGUAUUUCACCCUCCUCAACCUUCGCUUAUGAAAAUGAAGAGUCAGUUUGGUUGAUGGUGAAGAACAGACUGAACAAGGAAAUAGAACGAGGCUACUUCCGAGGGGAGAGAGGAGAACCUGGUGAGAAAGGUGACAUGGGAAUGCAAGGUCCCAGAGGAGAGCGAGGACUUCCUGGUAUCCCAGGCACUCCUGGUCCAAUUGGGCACCAAGGACCAGAAGGACCGAAAGGGCAGAAAGGCAGCAUGGGUGAUCCUGGCAUGGAAGGUCCCAUGGGACAAAGAGGUCGAGAAGGGCUACCAGGGCCUCGAGGGGAGCCUGGACCACCUGGGUUUGGAGAGAAAGGAGACAGAGGUGCUGUUGGUGAGCCAGGUCCUCCAGGGCCACCUGGUCCCCCAGGUUCUGCUGGCCUUAAAGGUCUGAUGGGUUCUCCAGGCCCACAAGGUCCUCCAGGUCCUCCUGGCCUACAAGGAUUUAGAGGAGAAGCAGGUCUCCCAGGUGCUAAAGGUGAGAAAGGAGCCACUGGAGCCCCUGGACCCAAAGGUGAUCAGGGUGAGAAGGGUCCUCGUGGAAUGACAGGUGAACAAGGCUCAAGAGGAAUGCCUGGACCUCCAGGAGAGCCAGGGGCUAAAGGACCUGUAGGACAAGCUGGUCGUGAUGGACAGCCAGGUGAAAAAGGUGAACCGGGUCUUACGGGAAUGCCUGGAGCCCGAGGCCCUCCAGGACCGUCUGGAGAUGCAGGACAGCCAGGUCUCACAGGACCCCAAGGACCACCAGGACUUCCAGGCAACCCAGGCCGACCAGGGGCUAAGGGAGAACCUGGAGCUCCAGGAAAAGUCAUAAGUGCUGAGGGUUUGUCAACUGUUGCUCUGCCAGGCCCACCAGGUCCCCCAGGUCCACCUGGCCCCACUGGACCACCAGGUGUUCCAGGUCCUGUUGGACCAUCUGGUCUCCCUGGACAGCAAGGUCCACGGGGUGAGAAGGGAUCCCCGGGUGAAGCUGUGGUAGAAACUAUCAGAACAGAAGUUUCAUCAUUAGCAUCUCAAAUGCUGGCAGAUUUACAAGGGCGAGGAGGACCACCAGGUCCCCCUGGACCACCAGGUGAAUCUGUGCAGGGACCCCCUGGACCUCGUGGCCCCCCAGGAGAAGGAUUGCCAGGACCUCCAGGCCCACCAGGGUUACCAGGAUCUUCCAUGUCCACCUCAGAAGCAUUCUUCACAGGCCCACCAGGUCCACCAGGCCCACCAGGCCCGAAGGGAGACCAAGGUGAACGAGGUCCACGAGGAUUCACGGGAGAACCGGGUGAGCCUGGCCUUCCAGCAUUCUCCUCCCAUGGUGACAGAGUCACCAUACAGGGACCUCCAGGAGUUCCAGGCCCGCCAGGCCCACCUGGACCCAAAGGUGAUGCAGGUGUUCCAGGCGCUCCUGGCAUCCCAGGAACAUCUCGAGGUGGAUCCAGACAAAUUCAGGGACCCCCAGGACCUCCUGGGCCACCUGGUCCUCCUGGCCCAGGCGGAAGUUCAUUGCAAGAGAUUCAGCAGUAUGUCACUGACUACCUGAAAAGUGACAACAUAAGGCAUUAUUUGACUGGUGCCCAAGGCCCACCAGGCCCUCCAGGCCCACCUGGAGUCAUCACCACCAUAGAUGGGACGAACUUGGAUUAUGCGGAGCUGGCUACCCGUGUCAUGAGCUAUAUGACAAGCUCUUCAGAUCGCUAUCAGUCAUUUGCCAGUUCGGUGUCAACUACAUCGAUUUUGUACCAAGAACUUCUGGACAUGCUGCAGAGAGAAGAAAUUCGUCAGUAUCUAAUUGGACCUCGGGGCCCACCAGGACCUCCUGGACCAGGGGGAGAUGGCAUGUCUUUGUCACUGGAUUAUGAUGAGCUGACUAGACGAUUUAUCAGCUACUUGACAAGUUCUGGGAUGAGCAUUGGGCUCCCUGGACCACCUGGGCCUCCAGGGACACCUGGAAUAUCUUACAGCGACCUGACAGCAUACCUGCGAAACUCUGAAUUCAGUGGUCUUGUCGGACCCCCUGGUCCUGCAGGACCCCCAGGACCUCCAGGGAUCCCUGGAUUACCUGGCACCUCUCUGGAGGACGUCUCUGCUUACCUACAAAGUGUGGGAUACUCCUCCCUCUCUGGAGUCCAGGGUCCACCUGGCCCUCCUGGCCCUCCAGGACCACCAGGCUUCUCAGGAACCGGCCUCCUGUCCUAUGCUGACAUCACCCACAGUGAUGAGUUCAGGAGCGAGCUGAUCCAGUACCUGAAGAGUGAUGAAGUUCGAAGCUACAUCUCAGGGCCACCUGGGCCUCCUGGGCCACAGGGACCACCAGGACCCAAAGGAGAUAGUGGCUUGGUGGCUGGGUCUAUGUCUUCAUCAUACCACGGGUUACGCACUUCUGAGCGGUUGCUUGGAGGAUCCCUUGGUGCUGAGGGAUCCCGUGGGGGAUCACUGGGCACAGGCAGCUCAUAUGGCAGCUCCGUGACCAGCGUGUCAUCUUACAGUGCCUCAAGGGGCAGUGAUGGCUCUUAUGAAGCUUCCAUGGGCAGUGACGGGUCUUUCGAUGCGUUGCUGACAGAGGAGGAAUCACACAGGAGAUCAGCAGGUUCAAGCAGAUCCUACAGCAACUCCUUCACUGGUUCCCUGGAUUACAACGAGCUGGCGCUCCGUGUGUCAGAGAGCCUGCAGAGCCAAGGUAUUCUCCAGGACCUGAUGUCUUACACUGCACAGGGACCUGCAGGUCCCCCAGGCCCUCCUGGUCCCCCUGGCAUCAGCAGGGUUUUUGCAGCCUAUGGCAAUGUCACUGAGGACCUCAUGGACUUCUUUAGAA